AUGCAAAACAGCGCCCUUGAUAUUUGGAUCUCCGGUGCGGUCGCCGUCGUGACAGUCGACUUUCUUGUCUACCCUUUUGACACCCUCAAAACCCGCAUCCAAUCGCCCAACUACAACACAGUCUACAAAGAUGUCACUACGAAUACAGUUAGGAAGAAUGUGCUGUUCCGCGGGUUAUACCAGGGCGUAUUAAGUGUCGUGCUGAGUACAAUUCCUGCCUCAGGAGCAUUCUUCACAACAUACGAAAAUGUAAAAGCAACGCUCAACAAAACAAAAACAAAAUCCAACUCUGCAAUUCUCCAAGCAACCCCAACGCCGAUGAUAAACGCCGUAUCUUCAUCGGCGGGCGAAAUGGUCUCGUGCUUCCUCCUCACGCCCGCAGAAGUCAUAAAACAGAAUGCGCAGGUUAUACAUAAUACCCCUGGAGGGAAAGGGAAAGGGAAAACUCCCCCUGGAAAUGUAACCCUCCAAGUUCUCUCCCGCUUCAAGCGGUAUCCCUGGAAACUAUGGAGUGGGUAUACCGCGCUUGUUGGGCGGAAUCUCCCAUCAACGGGCGUGAACUUCCCUAUCUUUGAAGCCGUGAAGGGUUAUCUAGUUGACCGGCGACGAAGACGUCUUGGCUACAAUACUGCUACCGGUUACCCGGACACUACACGAGGUCGCAAAGAUAUACAAGAAGAGCCGGUCUUCGAGCGCGCAGUUUUAACGGGGGUUGCAGCGAGUAUAUCCGGGAGUAUAGCCUCCGUUGUAACGACGCCGAUUGAUGUUAUUAAGACACGAAUGAUGCUUGCUGCUACUAGUGAUUCUUCGUCUGGGGUUUCUACUGCCGCGGAAAUAUCUAGGAAGGGAGGGAACAGCAUUUGGACUGUUGGGAGGCGCAUAUUUAGAGAAGAGGGGGCAAGGGGCCUUUUUCGGGGAGGCGCAAUUCGCGUGGUUUGGACGGCGAUCUCAUUCUGUAUUUAUUUGAGUAUGUAUGAGGGAGGGAGGUUUUAUCUGGAGAAGAGGAGGGCUCAGCGGGCCGACUUGGAUAAUUCAUAA